UUGGGCAUAGCUUGCAACGUCAUUUCUCUUCGUUUCAGUUUUGCAAAAUAGCAAAUAUUCUCGUGUUGCCAACAUAGUGUAAAAAUAGUGUAAUAAUGCAGCGCUGGCUAAAAUGACCAGUCAACCAAUUUACAAUGAAAGCCACCUCAAGAAGCGGACGGCGGCAGACUGUGAAAUGGGCGAGACAAACGAAGCACGGGCCAGCCAAACCUGGCACCAUAUGUUGCUGUACCCGUCGCCCUCCUCCUCUCAGCUAUCCUAUGUGUCCGAAAUUCAAACGGAUGUUGGCAGUAGUCAACCAUCCACUCCCUUGCAACAACCGCUGCGCCCAGGAAUGUUUGGUGAGAUGCUGGAUGAGAGUGCCACCAAUUAUGAUUCCGGCAACUUUUCACUAUCCGAAUCCGGUGGUAAGGAGAAGCUUAGCUUCGCCACAGCGAGCACGGGCCAUGGAGAUAUGCAUCAGCGUUUCGUACAGCUUAAUACCGAGCUUUAUCAGACCAAAACCGAACUGCUCACGUACAAGUACAAGUGGAACGAAAUACGCAACGAGAUUGAACUGGGACUGAGCAAAAAGAUUGACAAUCUGCUGGAUGAAAAGAGUGAGCUCGAGCAGGAACUGGAAGUCGUACGGAAGGAAAUAAAUCGGCUGAAGGCGGCACAGCCGUCCGAUCAGAAUGGUCGAGAGUUGUUACGCAUACGGGCCGAGUUGGAUGAAGUUAAGCUGGAGUUGGAGUGCAAAGAACAGGCCAACGAAUGUCUGAAGCAAAAAAUAGUAGAUCAACACGUUGAAAAGGAAAAUCUCGCCCUCAAGAUUACCGCCUUGGAGCAUCAGUUGUUCGAUGGGCGAAGCGAGAUGAAUGGCGUCAAAUCAACGGAAAGAUGGUAUAGAGAUGAGUUACAUCGGUGCCAAAAUGAGAAUGCCAAAUUAAAGAAUUCGUAUGCUUCACUAGAGACGUUACUGCUUAGGGAACGCAUGGAAAAGGGAGCACUUGUUGAGGCGGCACGAGAAGAAGUGUUGCGUCAUCAGCAAGAGGUGGAUGACUUACACCGUGAAAUAAUUAGUGCCAAAGAAAAGGACGAGAUAAGAACACAACAGCCAACAGAGGAAUCAGUAGUGCAGCGAAAACACAGAGAACAAUCCAUUGACCGUGUCGCAGCUUUGCUGGAAAAGAAUGAAUUUCUUGAAAACCAAAAUACCGACCUCCAUGCCGUCCUAGGUGAACUUCAAAAUUCGCUACAGAACCAGCAGCAGCAGCUCGAAGCACUGUCCAAAAGGGAAAAGGAAGCCCUAAAGGACAUUGCCCGUCUUCGCGCACACCGGGAACAAGACCAGACCAACAUUGAAGCGCUUACUGCGCAACUGGCGAGCGAAUGUUUCACAAAACGACAGAUAGAUGUCAGCGUGGAGAAACUGAAAGCGCAGCUGAAAGUUUUGUCGAUAAACUUCUCCACCCGCGAAAGCCACCGGUUCGAUGUGAAUAAAUGUUGUGAAUCGCUUCGGCAACGUAACCAGGAUCUUCAGGACCAGUGUAAUCGGUUACUUAACGAACAGCAACGGUUAAAAAGCGAGUUGGAAAUGUGUACGGAAAAAGCAAAUCUACGGCACGAUAAAAUGCUGAUGGAGAACUUCCGGAGCAUUCAAUCCAAAAAUUUAGAUCUGGAACUGAAACUAGGUCAGUGUGUUAACAUUGGCAAAGAAAUCGAAGGGAGUGGUACAGGAAUACCAUCGUUAGAUAUGGUAAAAAGAAGCGAAGAGACCAUCAGAACGUUGAAGCAAGAUGUCCAGGAGUUGGAGCGGAAACUAUUCCCACAAUCCACAUCGAAAGAGCAGAAACCGGUUGGCAAGGAACGGAAAUGUUCAAAGCAUGGCUCUCGAUGCUGGGAAACGGUCUCCUUGUCGACCCUUAACCACGACGACGAAGAUGCGGAAAUCCGUAAUUUGCGCAUCAUGCUGAAGGCGAUCGAGAGCGAAAACCGCCGUCGCAUGAAGCGGUACGAGCUGAACAACAGGACCCUGCUGAAAAAGGUGAAGGAACACGCUCGAGAACGUAAGCAGGCCGAACAGCGCGCCGAAGAGUUGCUGAAGGAGCAUGAAAAAUGCGCUACAUUGCGCUGUGAGAUGUCCUCGGCCCGAGAGCGCUGUUUGCUGAUGGAAGCAGAUUUAGAAAGCUACAAACAGGAAGGCGCUACGCUACGUUCGGAGAAAGAUCGAUUGAUCGAUCUGCUAGAGAACAACUGCCUGCUGACAAACGAUGGGGACAUCUGGGGAUCACUGAAGCGAGCGUUCAAAGAGCUGCACGAACUGAGACGCGUACAAAAGGAGAAUGUUCGUCUGCACGAUGAAUUGCAGCGAAAUACAGCCAAAAUUGCCCAACUAGAGACGUCCAUUGCUGACUGGAAGUUGGCCGCCGAUGCAUUGACGGCCGAAGCGGAUGACGUGCGGUUCGAGCUGACCGAGAAAGUGAAACAGUUGGAAGAAUCACAACGUGCACUGCUUAAAAUUACCGACGAGAACUCAUCGCUGGAGCAGAACGUUGCGAUGGCCGAACUGAACGAAAAGAAUCUCACCGACAAGCUGCACGAACUGAAGCAAUUGUUACAGGUCCAAGAGAUUCGUGUUGAAACGGCAAACGAACGGUUGAAGCUGUACGAACAGUCGGAAGCAAUGAUGCUGGCUGCAAAGGAAACGUUCCUUACCGAUCUGCAAUCACUGCAGGAUGCAAUUCUACUGGAGAAGCAAGAAAAGUACGAGCUGGAGGAAGAAGUGCGCGAACUACGGCAGAAUAUGGUGAACGCGGUUGGAAACAGUUUACAGAAUUUCCAACCACGGGAUAUUUCUGCCGAAGGAAGCGGUCAUCUUUCAGCGGCCGUAAUGAGCCCCGAGAUGCAGUCCCUUUCCUUGUCCUGCACCAGCCUGGACAUCGAUCAUCUGCGGGCACUUGUAGAGCAAAGCUCCGAGAAACGAUAUUCGCUGCAACCGCUGCACGAGUGCGUUUCUUCGUUGAAGCUAGAAAUGAGCAAUCUCAAUUCUGUUUUACAAAUCGCUAACCAUCAUCCUCCGCAACAGCAGCCACAACAGCAACAUCAACGGUUUCCGCUGUCUCUGAUGGACGAGCUAAACGAUGCCACCAACGGUCGUUAUGGCAGCAGAUGAGUAUAAGAGCAUGGGGGGGGGGGGGGAGAGAGAGAGAGAGAGAGAGGGACGGACAUAUAUUUCCUGCUAUGCUUCCACCUUCGUUUAAAAACACUUCUUUUCGAAGUAGAUAAAAGAAGAAAUGAAAUGAUUUAACUAUAUUACACUUUCCGCGGAACUAAACAUAAAAUUCGGGUCUAAUUGUCUAGUCUAAUAAAAGGAAACUGUACUUACCCUAUGAUUGCAACCCACACAUCACUAAUGCUUUGAAAAAAUCUUCAUUAUUUAAGUGUGGAGCAAAUUCUAUAAAGUAUUAACUUAAAUCCUUCCGGUAAUGUAUCUAAACCGAAGGCAUUUUAUUCAAUUAAACAACGCUUCUGUUAAUAUGGUGUGUAUUGUGUGAUAAAAAUCUGAAAAUCUAUUUUGCUCCUGAUCCUUGAUUCGUUAUCUUUUUUUUCAUAAUGAGCAACAUUUUCGUUAACGUACCAAGAGUUGCUCUGCGAAGCAAAAUGCAGAUGUAAAGAUCGGUUCGUCAAAAUUCGUCAAAUUACAUUCCGUACAAAUAUGCAUGUGAUUUAAAGAUCUAACGAGAGUGCAAUGAUGAUGCCGAUUUACGCUUCUGCAAUAUAGAUGUCUAUUUUUCUAACUUUCAACAGGAGUGAAAGUUCUGUUAAAGUAGUUAUAGCAUGGUAGUGCCAAGCGUGCAAAACGUAUGGCAAUUUAAACACAAGCAUUGUUGCGUAGCGUAAACGAUUAUCGUACUAGCAAUAACAAACUACAAAAGAACAUAAUAUUAGAUUGCUAAGAAUAGAGUCCGUAAAACACAAACUAAGAGAAAAAGAUCAGCACACCAUCCAAUCAUCAAACAGCGCAAUCAUCCAAUAGCGAAGUAUAGAUAACAGUGAUUUGUUGGUGAGGGGUUAGCCAUUGUUUCAUUAUGAGUUUCCAUGUGUUCACGAUAGCUUUUGUUACUUUAGAUGUGUUAAAUGUGUUCCUUGUCACUAUAAUUCCUAUUGUCAAGUGUUGAAGAUAUCUAAUUCUUUAAGAAAUUGUGUGUUAACCCUAGUGAAAACAACUGUGAUGGGAAGGAUACACUUAUGGAUUACGUUAUAUUUAUUUGCUCACCUCAUCAUUCAUUAAAUAUCACAUUGCCACCAUUAAUUACGAAGAAAAAAGCAAUACACAGUGCGACAUUAGAAAAGCAAUGUACAAAAAAAUGCUUGUAAAUGCUCAAUUGUAUUAUAACGGAUGAAUAAAAGUAAAGAGUAGUGAUUUCGCCAAAAAA